AUGCCUGUGAGCACGCCUUUAGGUGCGCGCUGGGGCAUGUGGCAGCCCUGGCUGUGUGGGAGUGAGGCCCACAGCCACUGGGCUGGAAGCCUGGGCCUCACCCACUCCCUCCCGUGCUCAACCUCCUGGAGCCUCCUCCGUAACCCUUUGCUUUCCUGGGAGGAGCCAGGUGCUUUGAAGGAGCCGCCAUGGGGGCCAGGGCCUAGGGUGUCUGUGCUGAGGGGCGGAGGGUGGGGGUCCCAGGGACCAUGGCCUGGAAAGGGAGGUGGUGUUUUCCACAAGACUCUUGUGUCAGAGCCAGAGGGGCAAAGCAAGCACAAGGCUGUGUCAGAAGCUCCCUGGGGGGGUUGUGGGUCCCCAGUUCCUGGCAUGCAGCCUUAAUCCUGGGGCUUGGCUGCCAGCUUCCGCCUGGGCUGGCAUAGGGGACACACAGUUGGCCACUCUGGCUCUGAGCUGGCUGGGCACAAUAUGUCAGGGUGAGGGGGCCCCUUAGGGGCCUCAAGUAGGAGGGCUGAGGGCACUGCCGGUUCGUCUGUUCAUGGUGGGUGGCUUUGUGUGGCCACCAGUGCUGGGUGGCGUGGGUUUGGGCUGUUCUCCCUCCUGGCUCAGCAUAGGCCUGUCAGCCCAGUGUCCUUUGGGCCUGCCCUUCUCCUAGCAUCCCUGGUUGGAAGGGUGUCCUCACAGGGCUGUGGGCGGGCAAGGGCUGGCUGCUGCUUAAAUUUAGUGUGGGGGUGGGGCAGCUGCCCAAGGUCCACCUGCCACCAGGGCUGCCACUGGGGCUCCCCUGCCAGGGGGCGGGCAGGGGCUGGCUCUGCCUGGAGCCAGGCCCAUGUUAACCUGUGCCCCGGCCUGGGGGCCAGAGGGGCAGGCCUGCGAACUGGGAGGCUGUUGUGGCAGCGGAGCAGAGAAGUGCAAGGUGAGAGGCCUGGGGGCCGGCUGUCCAGGGCUCCUGAUGGCUUUUCUCCCAGCCAGCAGGAUCAAGGAGCCAAGGUCCGCCUUGGGCCUGACUGGUUGCCCACGGCCCUGCUCAGAGGGCCAGCUUCCUGACCCCUGUGGUUCAGGUUUCAUUGCCGGACGCUGGGGUGGGCCAGCGUUGAGCCUGGCCUUUCAGCUCAGCAGGCCUGUGGAGGUGGGGCUCUGACAGCCUAUCCCGGCUUGUUUCCUACUCUCCUCCAAUCGGGAACAAGAGGGCUGGAGACUUCAGGUCACCCCUAGCCUGGGGUGUGUCCCAAGGGCAACCCCCAGCUGGUGCCUGGUGAAAGGGCAUGACAGCAGCCAUGGUGUGAGCUGUCCCAGGGCCCAGGGCUGGACUGCCUGGCUCCAGCCCCCUCCCCCAGCCCCUCGCAGUGCUCAUCAGGGACCAAGGUCCAGCUACAGAGCUCUUGCAGCCUCUGGGCCAUAGCUGCCAGCCCCAGAGGGGCCAGAUGGAACCCAGAGCCUGAGCACCCCUCCCCUCUCCCCAGCACCCCCUGGAUUCCUGAGGCCUGGCUCAGUUACUAGGAGACAGGUCUGCUGGCCCAAGCAAAGAUGCGGGUGCCACGAGGGCCAGGCCUCGGCCAAGCCCUGCUGGGGUAAAUCCCAGCAGCCCAGACUCCAGUCUUGCCUCGGGGGUCCCUCCUUUCCAGCUCUGCCAGCCCCUCAGGGCUGCUGAGCACCCCAGGCGCUCAGCCCUCUCCCCUCCCCCCAUGUCGAGUUCCUCAGAGCUGUCCGGACUGACGUCUGUACCUAUCCCCCAUGUGGGUCUCCUGCUCUCCCUUCGUGGGGACACUGGGCGGGCACUGGGCCUUGCCCCAAGCCCCGCCUGCCACCUCACCCACUGCCUCUGCCUCCCUGGGGCAGAGCUGUUCCCAGACGGGUGGGGCGGGGCCCAACUGUCCCCAGCUCCUUCAGCCCUUUCUGUCCCUCCCAGUGAGGCCAGCUGCGGUGAAGAGGGUGCCCUCUUGCCUGGAGUUCCCUCUGCUACGGCUGCCCCCUCCCAGCCCUGGCCCACUAAGCUAGACCCAGCUGUCCCCAUUCCCACUUCUGGUCCUGCCACCUCCUGAGCCGCCUUCCUGCCUGGUCUGGGUAGAGUCAUGGCCUCAAGCACAGGUGACCGGAGCCAGGCGGUGAGGAACAGACUGAGGGCGAAGGUGCUGACGCUGGACAGCAUGAACCCGCGUGUGCAGAGGGUGGAGUAUGCGGUGCGUGGCCCCAUAGUGCAGCGAGCCUUGGAGCUGGAGCAGGAGCUGCGCCAGGGUGUGAAGAAGCCUUUCACUGAGGUCAUCCGUGCCAACAUCGGGGACGCACAGGCUAUGGGGCAGAGGCCCAUCACCUUCCUGCGCCAGGUCUUGGCCCUCUGUGUUAACCCUGAUCUUCUGAGCAGCCCCAACUUCCCUGAUGAUGCCAAGAAAAGGGCAGAACGCAUCCUGCAGGCGUGUGGGGGCCACAGUCUGGGGGCCUACAGCGUCAGCUCCGGCAUCCAGCUGAUCCGGGAGGACGUGGCGCGGUACAUUGAGAGGCGUGACGGAGGCAUCCCUGCGGACCCCAACAACGUCUUCCUGUCCACAGGGGCCAGCGAUGCCAUCGUGACGGUGCUGAAGCUGCUGGUGGCCGGCGAGGGCCACACGCGCACGGGUGUGCUCAUCCCCAUCCCCCAGUACCCACUCUACUCGGCCACGCUGGCAGAGCUGGGCGCAGUGCAGGUGGAUUACUACCUGGACGAGGAGCGCGCCUGGGCGCUGGACGUGGCCGAGCUUCACCGUGCACUGUGCCAGGCGCGUGACCACUGCCGCCCUCGUGCGCUCUGUGUCAUCAACCCCGGCAACCCCACUGGGCAGGUGCAGACCCGCGAGUGCAUCGAGGCCGUGAUCCGCUUCGCCUUCGAAGAGCGGCUCUUUCUGCUGGCGGACGAGGUGUACCAGGACAACGUGUACGCCGCGGGCUCGCAGUUCCACUCAUUCAAGAAGGUGCUCAUGGAGAUGGGGCCGCCCUACGCCGGGCAGCAGGAGCUUGCCUCCUUCCACUCCACCUCCAAGGGCUACAUGGGCGAGUGCGGGUUCCGCGGCGGCUAUGUGGAGGUGGUGAACAUGGACGCCGCAGUGCAGCAGCAGAUGCUGAAGCUGAUGAGUGUGCGGCUGUGCCCGCCGGUGCCAGGCCAGGCCCUGCUGGACCUGGUGGUCAGCCCGCCCGCACCCACCGACCCCUCCUUCGCGCAAUUCCAGGCUGAGAAGCAGGCAGUACUGGCAGAGCUGGCGGCCAAGGCCAAGCUCACCGAGCAGGUCUUCAAUGAGGCUCCUGGCAUCAGCUGCAACCCAGUGCAGGGCGCCAUGUACUCCUUCCCGCGCGUGCAGCUGCCCCCGCGGGCGGUGGAGCGUGCUCAGGAGCUGGGCCUGGCCCCCGAUAUGUUCUUCUGCCUGCGCCUCCUGGAGGAGACUGGCAUCUGCGUGGUGCCAGGGAGCGGCUUUGGGCAGCGGGAAGGCACCUACCACUUCCGGAUGACCAUUCUGCCCCCCUUGGAGAAACUGCGGCUGCUGCUGGAGAAGCUGAGCAGGUUCCAUGCCAAGUUCACCCUCGAGUACUCCUGAGAACCCCAGCUGGGGCCAGGCUGGGUCGCCCUGGACUGUGUGCUCAGGGGCCCUGGGGGGCUCUGGAGCCCACUGUACUUGCUCUUGCUGCCUGGCGGGGUGGGGUGGGGCUGGGCCCCUGCCUCUCUGCAGGUCCCUAAUAAAGCCGUGUGGCAGUCUGACUCCAGG